ACUUUGGCCGAGAACGAAGUCUACAUACGGGAUCUUGUGACAAGCACAGGUUGGAAUUUCUCGGUGUUUGGCGAAAUUUCUUGGCUCCGUCGGGGCGUUUUAUAUCGACAUAUUGGGACCUGCGUAGGCACAGUAAGGCAGAACCUCCGGAUAAUUUAUUUUCACCUAACACAACUUUGACAACCUUUUUUAUGACGUUUUUGAGUUUAGACGGGCCAUUGCCGUGGCACAAAGGAAAGAUUGCUUCCACACAUUCGGAUCAGACUAUAGACCCUUUAAUUAGUUUUAUGAAUUUCCAACGAUAUUGUUGCCAUUUGUUUUGUACGGGCAGUGGAAUACACAGAAAGCACAGGUCGUCUAACACAAGUACUUCACAAUGGCUAGCCUCAACAUCAACAGUGAGGUUACCGACCCCUUCUACAGGUACAAGAUGCCUCGUCUCCUAGCUAAGGUUGAGGGCAAGGGCAAUGGAAUUAAAACGGUCAUUGUUAAUAUGGUUGAGGUCGCCAAAGCAUUGGAUCGGCCACCAACAUAUCCCACCAAAUAUUUUGGCUGUGAACUUGGAGCUCAAACUCAAUUUGAUCAUAAGAAUGAGCGAUACAUUGUAAACGGUUCACAUGAUGCCCAAAAGCUUCAGUCACUUCUAGAUGGCUUCAUUAAAAGAUUUGUGCUUUGUCCAGAAUGUUCCAAUCCAGAAACUAAAUUUACUGUGAAGAAGACGACUAUUGCCCAGCGAUGCAUUGCAUGUGGUUAUUCAGGCCAAGUUGACAUGAGGCAUAAACUGACCACAUUUAUCUUGAAGAACCCUCCAGAUUUUGAUCCAUCAGCUGCUACUCCAACCAAAGGUGGUAAGAAAAGCAAGAAGGAGAAAUCCAACAAGAAGCAUGUAAAUGGGGAUGCUGACGAGAAAGAUCGUGCUAGUCCUGAGGCAAAUGCUCAGGAACAGAUGGCUGCUCAGCGUGCCAGUGGUGGAGUAGUGGAUGCCCCACCUGAAGUUGAUAAUCAAGAUGACGAUGGAGAGGACUGGAUUCCAGAUGAAGAGAUAACAGCUGAUGCCAUAAAGCAGAGAAUGGAAGAACUCAGUGAUGCUGCAAAGAUAAUGGCCUUGUCGGAUGACCUGGAAAAAUCUCAAGAUGAUAGACUGGAAAUGUUUUAUCAGUAUGUGAAAUCCAAAUGUGACAGCAACAACAUGGCUGCUGUAGAAAAGGACAUUGUUGCAGAGGCAGAGAGGCUUGAAGUGAAGGAUAAGGGAGUUCUGAUUCUAGUGGAGGUGCUGUUGGACACAAAGAUUCUCUCUCAGAUCAAACAGCAUCGCCGUCUUUUCUUGAGGUUUUGCCACGAGAACCACAAGGCACAAAAAUACUUACUGGGAGGUCUGGAGCAAUUGGUGGGAAAAGUGCAUGCUGACUUGCUGCUUCCUAAAAUGCCACACAUUCUGAAGGCCCUGUACGACUCCGAUAUCCUAGAGGAGGAAAUCAUCCUAGACUGGGAUAAGAAGGUUUCCAAGAAGUAUGUACAGGACAAGAAAGUGGUUCAGGAAAUUCACGAGAAAGCUUCACCUUUUAUUAAAUGGCUGAAGGAAGCCGAGGAGGAGGAAAGCGAAAGUGAAGAAGAAGAUGAGAAUAUUGAGGUUGUCUAUUCAACCACUGGAAGGGUUGGGCAGCAGAAGGAGGAGGCACCUGCUGCCCCUGUUGACACUGGUCCAGAGAUCGAUAUUGAUGCCAUUUAAACAUUCUAGAGUUUAUUUUAUUAUUCCUUGUAUACAUCCCCCUUAGUACACAAGGUAGUGCGAGGAACAUCUCUCACCAAUGUACGCUAUCUUAAUAUAUAUACAUAUUUAUAUUUGUACAUGGAACAAGUUACUGCAUUAUUUUAUUUUCCAACUGGAUAUUUUUUGUUUUGAUUUUUUCUGAAGGAGGCCUUCUUACAUUUACUGUGAUGGAACAUUUGAUGUGAAUGACCAGGUGGAUUAGAACUCAUGAGAAUGUGAUAUUUAUUGGACACAGACUGUUAAAAAGGUGUCGGUGGAACUGCAUAGGGCAUUUCACAUUUCAGAUCAUGUAUGUCAUUUGUAGAACUGCUGUAAAAGUCAUUUUUGGGGUUAAAUAUUGCAUGUGACUUAUCAUAAUUGGUAACUUGUACAUACAAAUCAAAUCAUUAUGUUUGGGAUCGGCCAAGUAUAUCGCAACAUGUACUGGUGUUGUAAACAGAUUUGUGCUGUAAUUAGAAAGAGACAAAUAAUACAGAUGAUUGUAAUUUUGUGCUAGUGAGUGCUUAUAUGCUUCAAAUUGUAAAGAUACACUUGUUACACAUAAUGAUUCCAUCAUUGAAAUUUAAUUAUCUUUCUUGAAAUUUCUUUGAUCUUCAUUACAGAAAUUGUAGUAAUUUUGGUCGCAGUGGUGUUAAUAAAAAGUACUUCAACCUG